CCUACUCAGAUUCCCCCUACUGCCUCCAGAAGGCAAACAAAACCUCCAUAGAGACAAGGCAAAUUGGGUUGUGAAAAAUUGAAAAGCAAUGGAAAGUGGAAGCAGUAGUACUGACAAAAUUAUAUCAGACUCAGUUAUGGAGGCAGUAAAGCGAACGUCGAGUAACAUAGAUGAAGUGAAAGCCAAUUUGGAAGAGUUCUUGAAAUACUGUGAUACUGAAACCCUUUCUCAAUUGGAACCUCUUGAAAGGGCCCAGGCUCUCUUCUUGAUUGCUAAAGCCAACACCACUCUUGUUACCUUGAGGCUGAGAUGCAAAGGUGUGAACCCAAAUAACCAUCCAGUCAGAAAAGAGAUCGAUAGAUUAAGCCUGUAUGAGGAGAAACUGCAGAAAUGCAUGGAUUUAAGUAAAGCUCCAUUACGACCUUCAGCCACCAUUAACCCAAUGGCGGCAGCCCGUUUUAUUGAGCACUCCUUGACAGACCUUUCCCCAGAGCAGAAGAAAAGCAUGAAGGAAAUCAGUCGCGGGGAGGUCACAAGGAUUAAAUAUGUGGACAGGAGUGUCAAAAAGAAGAGAAAAUAUCAGUCAUCUGAGAAGCAAUCUGUUCGUGCUGCUGCACAGGAAUUUCUCGAGAAAGCAGCAUGUGAGCUACUAGGUGACAAUCAAAGUGGUAUUAAAGGACCUUUACAACCUGAAAAUUCUGAUGAUGAUUGCAUAAUUCUGGACUGACCCUCUGUGUCCGUCACAUGGACUGUAUGUACCCGUGUUCGCGGAUAGACAAUUAUCAUAUGCGAUCACAGAGAUUACGGUUUCCCUGCCUAUACUCCAAGCAAAAUAUCUGUCUCUUUUUCUUUUCUUUUUUCGCACGGUUAGAAAUCUCUCUCCUUUCUUAAAGAGAGAAUAUCUAAGUUGUAUGGUUGGAGAUUCUUGUAUAUUUAGUGAUUUCGUUAAUGAUUUUUUUAGUAUAUUUGAUAAAGUUGGUGAAA